GGGCCCGGUGCGGGCCGCGCGUUGCCCGGCGACAGGCGGGGCCCCGCGGCCUAUCCCGGCCUGGCGCCUCGCCUUCCUCCCGCAGCCCCGCCGAGCGCCGCCGCACCCGCCGAGUGCCGCCCGGCCCCGCCGAGCGCCGCCGAGCGCCGCCAUGGCCAGCUCCCCUGUGUCCCGAGUGGUGUACAACGGGAAGCGGAGCGGCGGCCCGCGCUCCCCCGGCGCCGGCAGCGAGAUCUUCACGCCGGCCCACGAGGAGAACGUGCGCUUCAUCUACGAGGCCUGGCAGUGCGUGGAGCGCGACCUGCGCAGCCAGAUGGGCUCCGAGCGCGGCCUGGUCGAGGAGUACGUGGAGAAGAUGCCGAACCCCAGCCUGAAAGUCUCUUCCUGUCUCCCUUGCAGCGUUUAAACCCGUCGACCUGGGUGAUCUGAAGAGGAGGAACACACAGGAUGCAAAGAAGUCCUAAGGCGUGUUCUCCCUGUAGAUCGGCUACUCUCCUAAGGUCCUCAAGCAGAUUUAAGUUGAAAUUUUGUGUUGAUUUCCUCCUCUGGUCUGUGCUCCCAAAAGCCCAUGUGAGAGCCAGUCAGCUUUGGGGCUGGCUUUGAAGCUGCCUGAGGUCAACGAUGCUCAGUGGCUUACCAAGGCUGCCCAGAGCCUGUUGCAAAGGAUUCCAGCCCCCUACUCAUAGCUUUCUCUGGCCUCAAACUGUCCUUCCUCCCUUCAUACCGAGCUUCCCGGUCUCCUGUUCCCCUCCUGCUGCUGCCCUGAGCGCUGGGCAGGGCUGGGCCGAGCGGAUGGGCAGCACCAGGUCUGUGCACCGAGGCCCUGCAGCUGCUGGGGCGGGAUGUGGGCAGAAGAGACAGUUGGGUCUGUCUCUGUGCCUCAUCCAGCCUGCCUGUGCAGCUGAGGGAUGGGCAGGCUGCAGCCAGGUUGCUCCUAGCUCCAUUGUGGCAGCAAGUUGCUGCCUGGGCUGCCAGAGCACACGAGCCACAUCCGAGGUUGGAUUUUCCAUGUGCUUAGAGCAGGCCAAGAUCCCUGUGGUGCUUGAGGGGUAUUGUUCCCCUCCCUGCAGAUGGAAAGGGGUGGGGUUCCCCACCCCAGGUGCCUGAGAGGUGCUCAGAGGGGCCCGAGCUCCCCCUGCGUGGAGCGAGGCUCGGGGCCCUGGCCCAGCAGCGCCGGGGUUUUGUACCAGCGUUCUCCAGACACACCUUGGAGAGACCUGGCUCCACAGCCCCCCUGGGGCCCGCGGGUGGUGGGACCGUGCGGGGGGCCCUUCCUUGAGCCCCUCGCUCCUGGCAGGGCUCGUGUCGUUCCUGCACCAUCACCUGAGGCGGGGAGAGCGACUGUGCCACCCUUGCCUGCCUGAGCCGCGGGGCCACUCCCUGGGGAGGUGGCAGCCCCCUGCUUGCCCAUGCUCCAGACCAGUGGGGAUGGGGCUGCCGGGCCUGCCCGGUGCCAACAGCUGCAGGAGGGCUGCAGGGACUGGGGGCUGCCAGUACCUUUCCUUUGUUGAGUCUUUGAGCUGUGCUGUUCCCUUUCCUUUCUCUCUGUGGUCUGUCACUUGAGGAGUGUUGUAAAUAAACGCUGGUGUCCUUUU